GGGUAGUCCGCCCGCUCCUCUAGAAGAGGCUUCUCUCACCCAGGGUUUGAAGCCAGCCUUCCCCAAGGAGGUCGAGUAAGAUGAGGCGACCCCCAGCCCCCACGUCUAGCUAGCUGAGACUGCGCCAUCGCAGCCACAUUCCUUUGGGUUAAGGUCUAAUUCCCCCGUGGGAUGCACGUGUCUCCAGAAAGGGGCUUGCCCUUAGUGAUUCACCACCAGCGCUGUGAGCCUCCUCAGUAGCUCUCCCAGGACCCGGGCCGCCAGUAAAUCAGAUGGAGACAGAGCUGAGAGGGAACACCUCAGAACCUAGACUGGGAGCUGUUCUGCCCCGCAUGCCUGUGUGCUUGGGUCUCUGGCGGAUUAUAAAGGGAGAUCUCAACCUGGUGUAGCAGAAACAGUUCCUUAGGAGGCAGACGGACUGAUUCCGGUCUCGACUGUGCUAUUUGCUGACUGUGUGAUUUGGGGAGCCAUGAGCCACCAGAUCCUGCUGUUCCUGGUCUUGCUGACUCGAGGCCUGGCUACCCCCCAACCCCAAGACAAGGCACCCUGUAAGAUGGUGGACAAGAAGGCUUUGUGCCAGAGCCUUGGCCUGUACCAGGUCCCUCCCAUUCUCCCAUUGGACAUUGAGGCCCUUGACCUCUCUGGAAACCAACUGCGGAAUGUCCUGGCCUCACCCUUGAGUUUCUACAUUGCCCUUCGUCACCUGGACCUCAGCACCAAUGAGAUCAGCUUCCUGCAGCCAGGAGUCUUCCAGGCCCUGCCUCAUCUGGAACACCUCAACCUGGCCCGCAACCGCCUGGCAGUGGGCACGGCGCUGAGUGCCGGAGGUCUGGGGCCCCUGCUGCACCUGACUUCCCUGGACCUAUCUGGGAACAGCCUGUACAGUGGCCUGGUAGAGUGGCUGCUGGGUGAAGCCCCCAGACUGCACACACUCUCGCUGGCAGAGAACAGCCUGACCCGCCUGACUCGUCAGACCUUCUGGGGCCUUCCUGCGCUGGAGCGGUUGGACCUGCACAGCAACGUGCUGAUGGACAUCGAAGAUGGUGCUUUUGAGGCCCUGCCCCGCCUGGCACAUCUCAAUCUCUCCCGGAAUUCCCUCACCUGUAUUUCCGACUUCAGCCUCCAGCAGCUGCGGGUGCUUGACCUAAGCUGCAACAGUAUUGAGGCCUUUCAGACAGCCCAGGACCCCCAGGCUGAGUACCAGCUUGCCUGGCUCGACCUACGGGAAAAUAAACUGCUCCAUUUCCCUGACCUGGCCGCCCUCCCCAGACUCAUCUACCUGAAUAUGUCCAAUAACCUCAUCCGGUUUCCCACAGGGCCACCGCAAGGCAGCGAUGGCAUCCACAUGCCUUCUGAGGGUUGGUCAGCCUCGGCUCUUUUCAGCCCCAGCUGGAAUGCCAGCACCCGUGCCCUCUCCCAGCUCCUGAACCUGGAUUUGAGCAACAAUGAGAUUGAGCUCAUUCCAGACAGCUUUCUUGAGCUUUUGACCUCCCUUCGCUUCCUGAACCUCAGCCGGAACUGCCUGCGGGCCUUUGGGGCCCGGCGUGGAGGCUCUCUGCCCUGCCUGGUGCUCCUGGACUUAAGCCACAAUGUGCUGGAGGCACUAGAGCUGAGUGCCAGAGCCCUGGGGUCCCUAAAGAUGCUGCUCCUACAGGACAAUGCCCUGCAGGACCUGCCACCAUAUACCUUUGCCAACAUGGCCAGUCUGCAGCAGCUUAACCUGCAGGGAAACCGAGUCAGCCCUUGUGGGGGACCAGCAGAGCCCAGCCUCCCAGGCUGUGUGGCUUUCUCUGGCAUUCCCACCCUCCGUGUUCUGAGCAUGGCGGGUAAUGAGAUGGAGAUGCUCAGGGCAGGCGCCUUCCUCCAUACCCCACUUACUGAGCUGGACCUCUCUGCCAACCCUGGUCUCAAGGUGGCCACAGGAGCCCUGGCAGGCCUGGAGGCCUCCCUGGAGGUCCUUGCACUGCAGGGCAAUGGGCUAACUGUCCUUCAGGUGGACCUGCCCUAUUUCCGUUGCCUUAAGCGACUCAAUCUCUCUGAGAACCGCCUCAGCCACCUGCCUGCCUGGACUCAGGCUGUAUCGCUGGAGGUGCUGGACCUGCGAAACAACAGCUUCAGCCUCUUACCAGGCAGUGCCAUGGGCGGCCUAGAGAACAGCCUUCGGCGCCUCUACCUGCAAGGGAAUCCACUCAGCUGCUGCGGCAAUGGCUGGCUGGCAGCUCAGCUGCACCAGGGCCGUGUGGAUGUGGAUGCCACUCAGGACUUGAUCUGCCGCUUUGGGUCACAGGCAGAGGUGUCACUGAGCCAUGUACGUCCUGAGGACUGUGAGGAAGGAGGGCUCAGGAACAUCAACCUCAUCAUCAUCCUCGCCUUCACCCUGGCUGUGGCCAUCCUCCUCACCACACUGGCUGCCUGUUGCUGUGUCCGCCGGCAGAAGUUUAACCAACAGUACAAAGCCUGAAGAAGCCAGAAGAUCCUUCCAGGUCUGUGCAGGAACUGGAGGCUCAGAGCAGUGGGAACUGGCCAGUGGCCACAGAGUGAGCCACAGUCCCAGAACUCUGGUCUCUAAAUCCCAGGCCAGGGCCCUUUCUCUGCAUCCUGCUGCGUCAGUAGGUGGCCCACUUCCCAGGCUGUACAUCUGGUCCAGCUGUGGAAGCCGGAAGUUGGGUAAGCUCAGGGGCAGUAGAUCAGCAGAGCUUCACAGAGCAUCUGUUUGGGGCCAUACCCUUCUUGGGGACACUACCAAAUGAAACACAUGCCUGCCUUCUGGUAGGGAAGGUUAUCACAGUGCUGGGCAGUAACCACAAUGAUGGGGCCAAGGUAGGAGAGUGUGGGGCUCCAUUACUUUGCAGCCCUGAAGGUUUAGGGUGGACAGUCCUGCCCUGGCUGUGCCAGGGAAAGAGAGGACCAAACCCAAGAGAAUUUGAGACAUUUUCAAGCAGACUGUUCUGUCGCAUCUUCUAAUAAUGACUUUCAGCCCCACUGGAAAAUGAUGAGCCUGUGGCUGGAAGACAGAACCAGGGUGUCAUGAGUAUGUCUUGGAUCAGGGCUGUUUGCAAGGCUACAGCAGCCCCAGCAGGACCUGGUUAAGAGGUGGUCACCCUGGGCUCCCAUCCAGCAGUGGGCAUUCUGUUUCCUACUCUGGACAGGACCUUUCCUCCCGGGGCACUCUCCUGUUGCACACCCUGACACCAGUGCUGCCUGAGCCCCUCCCCCUGCCCAGGGCCAGCUUUUCCAUCCAGCCCCACCCAGCUACUGAGCCAAGGACUUCAACCAGAGAUAUCUGGCUCUGGUUUGCACCCAAUUUAGCAGCUGCAGAUGCAAAUCCAAGCCUUGUGGCUGCCUCUGUGUGACAAAUCCUGGACAUUGAUGUUUUCCUCUGUUAUAUAAAGGAGGAAAACAAGGCUCUAGAAAUCUCCCUCAAGGGUCUCAUAGGUAAGAUACCACUGCUGAGAUUCAGACCCACAUCCUCCUGCCUCCAGGGUCUGAAUUUGCUGCUGCUGGGGCCAUGAGCUGUUAGGUAGAUACCAAGUGGCCCUAUGUCACCUGCCCAAGGGCCUGAGCUUCCUAUGCCAAUACAUGCCUGCUUUCUCCUCUCCAGGCAGUUGCAGGUCCUCUCCUUAUCAGCCUCAGUUUCCCUCAUUCCCUCCUUUAUGGACUAGUGUGCACCCUCCUUCUUCUCCUCUACCUCCUACAUUCCCUCAUUCUAUCUUCCUCCACGAAGCCUAUCCCAGAGGGUGAGACCAUCAAGCCCAAACUCCCCACUGCACAGAUAGGGAAACUGAGGUCUAGAAAAGAAUAGGAACUGCCUACAUCAACUCAGUGGCAGAGCCUGUGGAAAAAAAGUAAAUUCCAGCUUCACUGGGGUGAAAUUAGCCAUAGGCUUUCUCUCAGCUGCCAGUGGCAAGGCAGUGCUGACUCCAGACUUGUUGCUUAUCUUACAGGGAUUCUUUGCUUCCUAAGAAAAUAGGUAGAAAGGCCCACUCGGAUAAGCCCUUCUCACUCAUACCACAAGGUCAUGCGCUAUCUGGGAAGAAAGGAAACCCCAGGACCAGCCCAAGACCCUGCUGUGUCCUCAGCGUCUUGUCCUCAGCACCGUACCACAGGCAUUCAGCAGAGCGCAGGAAAAUGAAGCUGAGACCCAGAGAGAACGAAGGGCGCCCCGAGCUGGCUGCAGUCAGGAUUAGAGCCCUCACCUGGACCCUGUGCCAGAGGCCACUGGGUGGCUCGGUCCCGGCUGCCCACAGGUGCUACUGUGUACAACAGUCUUCCUCAGGCCCAGAGCCAAAGUGCUGGUCCCUGUGCUUCAUCUAUGAAAACACUACACCAUGCUGCUGUCACUCGCAGGUCUUUGGACCAGCUCUUUGCAUAACCCACGUGAAUGUAUUAAAAUCUAAUUUUGGCAAAACAGUGUGUUAUGCCAGCCUCUUCCUUGCCCUGAGUGUGCUUGAAUCCUGACUUCUUCCACUUCUUGUCAGGUCCAGAAGACACUGAGGUUCAAGUUCAUUACCACCUUGGCCCUUGGGGCUUUGCUCAUCUUCGUGGCCUUGCACAGCCCCUCUGAGCACACCCCUGCCUCCCACCCAACUCUGAGAUACUGGUGAUUCCUUUACGCUCUUCCUUCUGCAGCUGCAUGACCCCGCCCCUUCUCUGUGCUCGCCCUCUCCGCCCCUUCCUCAGGGC